AUGGGUUGCGUCUCAUCGAACCUCCUGAAUCACGACGACGAUUUCCCUCAGAUCGGCGGUAGCUCCGCCUUUGGCAACCACAUCGUCAAGCUAACCUCCACCACCUAUGGUCUCCUCACUCUCGACCCUCCUCCUUCUCCUCCUAUGACUCCGCCUGAGAAAUUCACCAUCGGUGCGGAAUCAAAGUCACUCUGGUCUGAGCCAAGGAUAAUCAAGUCUGAGCCGGAGGUUAUCAACUCCUGGGAGCUAAUGUCUGGCCUCGACGGCGAGAGUUUCCGAUUCUCGCCUCUCCCGAAAACUCCGGUGAAGUACAAAAUCUUCGGCGGAGAAAACAAAGAGAAUUCGGAUCCUAAUCGGAGAAGCCCUAGAAAAUCUUUGAACGACGAGAUCCUGAAACCGCUCGGAGAGAAAUCCGAGAGGAUCUGUUCUCCAGGAGGAGAGAUUUCGGAUCCCAAUCGGAGAAUCCCUAGAAAGUCUUUCAACAGCGAGAAUCUGAAAUUCGCGGAGAAAUUCGAGAGGAUUUGUCCUCCGGGAGGAGAGAACCGCGUGGUGAUCUAUACGACGUCGUUGCGCGGCGUGCGUCGGACAUUCGAGGCUUGUAACGCAGUGAGAGCGGCGGUGGAGAGUUCCGGUGUAGUGAUCUGCGAGAGAGACGUGUCGAUGGACAGAGGAUUCAAAGAAGAGCUCGCGACUCUAAUGGCGAAGCGAGUUAGUAACAACGACGACGACGACGCAUUGCCGCCUAGGGUUUUCGUGAAGGGAAUGUACCUCGGUGGAGCAGAGCAAGUGUUGAGACUAGUCGAAGAAGGCUCUUUCGGAGAGCUGAUUCGUGGGAUACCGAUAAAGAAUGCUGGAGGCUGCGGCGGCGGAGAUGGAGACGGUGCUUGUGAUGGAUGCGGCGGUUUGUUUUUCUUGCCGUGUUUCCGGUGUAACGGAAGCUGUAAAGUGGUGAAUGGUUGGAGAAGCUCCGCCGUGGUUGUGAGAUGUACCGAGUGUAACGAGAACGGUCUUGUUCCAUGCCCAAUUUGCAGCUAA